AUGGAAUCGGUUCGCCGGCCUGUUGUCCGCAGGUCGCCUCUUUCAUGGGAGUUCUCUUUCUCAACGUCGUCUAGAUGCGCUUUUGCACGACUGCUGAAUCUGGAUCGUAAGUGCCCGCGCACCUACGGAAAGCGCACAGGACAACAGUGGUCACUGUCGGAAUCGACGCAAAUGCGAAGAUGGGACUCGAACAGCAAUCCGAUGUGGUCUACGAUUGACCAGGUUUUCAUCGUUAGGAGAGUGAUCGAAAUCUGGCAACGGUAUUCGAAGCCAAUGCAACUAGCGUUUCUGGACUUUGAAGCCGCGUUCGACUCUCUUCACCGAAGCUGUCUUUUUAACGCGCUCGGCACCGAUGGAAUACCAGCAAAUGGAGUAAGACAAGGGGCAGUAGCAGGACCCUUCCUGUUCAACUUCGCUAUCGACGACAUGCGAAGAACAGUCGACCAGUGUCCUGCCGACAUUGUCUUGGCACCAUCACGGUGCCCCUUGACUGAUCUCGAGUACGCUGACGAUGUUAUAUUCGCGGAAAGCAGUACGAAGCUUCAACAUGCUGUCAACCUUGUAUCGAAGCUGGCUGCAACUUAUGGACUACGUCUACCCCUUGGUAAAUGCAAGCAGAGGUGGAUCUCUUCGAGACCUCGAACGGGAAUAAAGGUAGAUGGACAACCGAUAGAACUGGUCGAUGAGUUCUGUUACCUCGACUGUACGCUAAAAAACAACGGCAGCUACGAGAGAGAUGUUCAGCAAAGAUGCGCUAAGGCCAUUUCUGCAUUUGACUCCUUAACGAAAUGCCUGUGGUCGACCUCCAUCACCAACGAAGUCAAGCUGCGAGUCUACCUAUCCGCAAUUCGCCCCAUCAUGAUGUACGGAUCGGAGACUUGGGCGGCACCAUCUACGGUGAUGGAGAGGCUUGACCGCGAGGAACGAAAGCUGCUUAGACGGCUACUUGGCUACUUUUGGCCUAGGGAGACCGGCAGAUCGCCUUCUUCACCGAGUUCUGAGGAGUUUGUCGGUUUCGAGCUGGAAGAAGCCACCUGGCCGAAAACUGAAGUUCUGGACUGA